GAGAGAGAGAGAGAGAGAGAGAGAGAGAGAGAGAGAGAGAGAGAGAGAGAGAGCAGAAUGCCAGUGUGACUCCUGGUGAAAUGAAAGGGUUAAAUCUCUCUCUUUUAGUGUGGUGAGUGUGUGUUCUCCUCAACAGAUGCUUUGCAUCUAGAGCCCAGAGAACGAGAGGAUAGUGGGAUUGAUGUGGAGCGUUCUGAACAGGAACACUUUAGAUUCCGGACUCCUGUCACUCCUCAGUGACAUCAUGUGUGUUCUGGUUCCUAGCUCUAUGGUCCUUGUGUGCCAGAGGGUGCAGCCCACUGGGAGGACGACAAUGUCCCCUCAUCUGCAACCCAGACACCUCCUGCCUCUUCUUCUCCAUGUCAUUCUACUCUGCCUUCAUGCAACUGCCUGGCCCCACGAUUCCAGAGGUGUGGUGGAUGACAUGUGUCCCAGCUCAGAGUGGAACCACAUGUGUAGGGACUGUUGUGAGUACCAGCUGAUCCAGUGUAGAUGUCCUUCCCAGGGGACACGGGUGGGCUACUCCGUCCCCUGCUGCCGCAACCAACUGGACCAGUGUGACCCCUGCAUCAUCCACCCUGGUAAAACAACCUAUCAGACCUCUACCAAAGAUACUGGCUGCAGUCUGUUUGAGAACUGUAAAACCUGUCACAAUGGGACGUGGCAGGCCAAGGAUGAUUUCUUCAUCCGAGGGAGAUUCUGUACGGACUGUCGUCAGGGCUGGGCAGGUGGAGACUGCAAGACAUGUGGAGGGGUGAUUCGUAGAGCCCAGGGCCACAUCAUGCUAGAGAGUUACCCCAUCAAUGCGCACUGUGAGUGGAGGGUGCAGGUAGAGAAAGGGGAGAACGUGGAGCUCAGGUUCUCCAUGCUUAGUCUAGAGCCUGACCACAACUGUCACUAUGACUACGUGGAGCUGCGAGAUGGUGACAGCCUGAGCUCCCCCGUCAUUGGCCGGUUUUGUGGGAAUGAGCUGCCUCCACCAAUCAGAACCUCUGGAAGCAGGCUGCACGUCCUGUUUGUCUCAGAUGGCUACAACAACUUUGAUGGCUUCUUCGCCGCUUUUCAGCAGAGCUCAGCGUGCAGCCCCUCCCCUUGUCAGCACCAUGGAACCUGUUUGCUGAACCCAGUACAGUCUUUUCGCUGUGCAUGUCUGCCAGGCUACACAGGUCAACUGUGUGAGAAUGUUGCUAGGAGUCAGGUGUGUGUGUUGCCAGCGAGGCCCGUGAACGGGGAGCUCCUCUCUGUGUACGGCCUGGAGGAUGAGCUCCUGGCUGUUCAGUACCUGUGCCACCCACCCUACACACUGACUGGCAGCCCCCAGAGGACCUGCCUGCCCAACGCCACCUGGAGUGGCAUGGUGCCCAUCUGUGGGAAGGUAGAUAAAGAGUCCAUUCGACCCAGUCAGAGGGGUGCAGACCCAGUCAGAGGGCUCGGGGUGUGUCCUCCUCCAGCCAGGCUGCACCAUGGUUACCUCCAGCUGGUCCGGGGCUCUGGAGGAGGUCCUGACACAGUGGACUACUUCUGUAACCCCUCCUACAUCCUGAGUGGAGGCUCCCGGAGCACCUGUCUCCCAGAUGGCUCGUGGAGUGGCCGGCAACCACUGUGUGUGAGAGCCUGUCGAGAGCCUAAGGUAUCUGAGCUGGUGAGACACAAAGUUGUGAAGCCAAAGGCCCCAUCCAGGAAUAGUCCAGUCCACAGGCUUCACACCUCAUCCACCCAUACGGUCUAUGACAGUCACCCUCCUGGCAUGGACCCACCCUCCUCAGGGAACCUCCCCAACACCCAAGACCCUGUCCUGAGGGAAUUACCCCGUGGUUUCCACCAGCUGUCCACUAGCAUAGAGUAUGAGUGUGCCUCCUCUCUCUACCAACACUACGGUAGCCCCCGGCGCACCUGUCUGAAGACUGGCAGGUGGAGCGGGCAUCAUGUCUCCUGCUCGCCAGUGUGUGGUCAACUCCCAGCAGGCUUCAGCCCUCAGAACCUCACUGAGAUUGGAUGGCCCUGGCAUGCAGCCAUCUACCUCCGCUCCCACAUCAUCCGCAGAGCUGGCUCUGGCCUACAGACGGCACCAGAGGAGGCCUCCUCUCCUUGGCAGCUGGCGUGCAGUGGAGCACUAGUCACCCAGCUCAGUGUGCUGGUGGCAGCUCACUGCCUGGUGGUGGCAGGAGUGGGCAAGCCGCAGUGGAUAGAUCCAGCCAACAUUAAAGUGGUGAUGGGAAUGCACAGCCCGGGCCAGAUGAGGACACUGAAACAACUGCAGGUUUCCUCUGUCCUGGUCCAUCCCAGCUUUGAUCCUGUGACACUGGACUCGGACCUGGCCGUUCUGAAGCUGCGGGACAAGGCCAAGAUCAGUGAGCGUGUGCUGCCCGUGUGUCUCCCCAAAAUGCAAGGUGGGGAGGUGACCGCCACACAGGGCUAUGCCACAGGCUGGCUCCUUGCAUCUGACUCAAGGUCCAGUUCCAAACCCAGCCUAGACGCCGAGACAGCCCAGACUGGAGUGGUCGAGCUGGGGGAUGUCGUUCAGUGUGAGAGGCAGUUUGCUCAGAGCGGGGCCCCUGUCACCAUCACUGACAAUAUGCUGUGUGCAAUGCGCCACCCUCUCAAUCCCACCAAGCCUUGUCCCACUGUCAGUGCAGGCAUUACAAUCAUACCAUCUCCUGCCACUAAGCCAUCAUCGGGUCCUUCGGGGGACAGGGGGAUGAUAGUGUUGUCUGGGAGCUUCUGGCAUUAGAAAGUUUUGGUUAUGAGAAAUGGAACUGUGGCCCAGGGCUUUACACAGUCCAUACCCGGAUAAACAACUUCAAAGACUGGAUACAGAAAAACAUGAAGUAGAUCUCUGAUUUGACUCCAGUCUCAGCCACUCUGUCACCAUCAUUGACAGCCUGUGUUCUUUUUCUAACAACUCACUUACUCACUGUUGCCAGUUCCCUGAAACAGAUCAGGUCUAAGUGCUUGGCAGUGUAUUCGGCUGAGCCAAUUGGAGACUUCCUAAGACGAGAUGUGGGGAGGACAGUCAUCCCUGGCAUUAUUUACUAUGAUGUAUAUUUACCACUAAUUACUAUUAUGUACACUGAACAAAAAUAUAAACGCAACAUGUAAAGUGUUGGUUCCAUGUUUCAGGAGCUGACAUAAAAGAUCCCAGAAAAUGCUCCAUACGCACAAAAGCUUAUUUCUCUCAAAUGUUGUCCACAAAUGUGUUUACAUCUCUGACAGGUGUGGCAUAUCAAGAAGCUGAUUAAACAGCAUGAUCAUUACACGGGUGCACCUUGUGUUGGGGACAAUAAAAGGUCACUUUAAAAUGUGCAGUUUGGUUACAGUGCCACAAAUGUCUCAAGUUUUGAGGGAGAGUGCAAUUGGUACGCUAUAACUGCAGGAAUGUCCACAAUAGCUGUUGCCGGAUAAUGUAAUGUUAAUUUCUCUACCAUAAACUGCCUAGGACGUUGUUUUAGAGGCCUCUCAGACCACAUGUAUGGUGUCGUGUGAACGCUUUGCUGAUGUCAACAUUGUGAACAAAGUGCCCCAUGGUGGCAGUGGGGUUGUGGUAUGGUCAGGCAUAAACUACAGACAAUGAAAACGAUUGCAUUGUAUCGAUGGCAAUUUGAGUACGCAGAGAUAUCGUAUUUGAAUUUAUUAUGGAUCCCCAUUAGAUGCUAAUAAAACAGCUGCUACUCUUCCUGGGGUCCAGCAAAAUUAAGGCAGUUAUACAUUUUUUAAAACAUUAUAAUACAUUCACAACAUAUAAACAAAAUAUACCGUGACGAGAUCCUGAGGCCUGUUGUCGUGCCAUUCAUCCGCCUCCAUCACCUCAUGUUUCACCAUGAUAAUGCACAGCCCCAUGUCACAAGGAUAUGUACACAAUUUCUGCAAUCUGAAAAUGUCCCAGUUCUUCCAUAAAAUCACCAUAUAAUAACCAUAACAUAAGCAUAUCGUAACCAUGCCAUAACCAUAUCUUAACCAUAUCAUAACCAUAAAAUCACCAUAUCCUAACCAGAAAAUCACCAUAAAAUCACCAUAAAAUAACCAUAUAAUAACCCUAACAUAACCGUAUCAUAAUCAUAUAAUCAUAAAAUAACCAUUUCAUAAUUAUAUCAUAACCAUAAAAUCACAAUAAAAUAACCGAUAUUAUAAUUAUAUCAUAACCAUAUCAUAAUCAUA